AUGUCAACAUUGUCCUCACCCCGCCCCUCAAUCGCUUCCUCUCGUGGCCAUUCACCCGGUCCGGCUUCUUCUCGCCCCUCUCUUGAUGCGCUAAACACCAACAUCGCCGGCGGCCUCAGCGCCGCCUCCACCCCCUUACGAGACUACUAUAAGCUUAAACCCCCUGGAUCCGAUAGUCCUGGCGGAUCCCGAUCCCACAGUGUACCCCGCAACACCGAUGCAGGGGAUAUCUCCAACCCCUCGACCCUGGAGACGGGCACGGAGCUAGACAAUGCGGACUUCGACCCUCAGCGUUAUGUCGACCAACUCCUAUCAACUUCGUCCCUCUCAACAAUUCUCAAAGCGGAGAAUACACUGGUUGGAGAUGUUCGCACCCUAGAUGGGGAGCGUAAAGCGCUUGUAUACGAUAAUUACUCCAAACUCAUACGGGCUGUGGAAACAAUUGGCAAAAUGCGUCAAAGUAUGGACGAGCGCGGAGCACCCUUGACUAUGACCAAAACUCUGGGUCCAGCCAUUUCAUUCGUUGCCGAGACUGCUGGCGGUCUUAUAAAAGAGGGCGAGGAACAUCGCCGCCGCAUUAAUGAGGAACGAAGCCAACGGCCCACCCCGACUCAUAAUAAGAACGAGAAGGAAACCGUCCAGUGGGUUCUUGCCUCUCCUCAGAGACUGGAAAAAUACCUCUCCGAGGACAAGAAAGAGGACGCCUUAAAGGACUGGGAUGAGGUCAAGAAGCUACUCGAUGCUUGGGGUGAAGUCAAAGGUGUUGCUGAAAUUCGCGAGGCUUGUGAGAAGGUCAUGAAUAAGGACAGCAACGAUGAUUGA